AUGUUUGCUAACUACAAAUUUUCCAUAUGGCCCAAGUCGGAACAAUGCAACUUUACGCAAACACAACUAAAUUCUGAAGAUUUAACAAAUUUACGGGCCAAUGGAUAUCAGCGGUGCAACAGCAACAAACAUGGUAUAAUCCAAAUCAAGAUAUCUAAAUGGACACUUAAAAUAUCUUUGAAGUUGAAGCAAAAAAGAUCAACGAUGAAGAGAAACGCUUCAAUUUAUACCGAUACAAACACACUUGAUGACUACAUAUUGAAAACCGUAGUAAUCAAACUAAUGGGAGUUUCAAAACAGUCAUCGUACAAUAUUACACAAGUACGAUGUUGUUUAGUAGAAGUAUCGUCUUUUGCUUCUACUAGCGGAAAUGCCAUCUUUAAUUUUUCAGCCGCUCUCUAA